CCACGUCAGAGCCGAGCGUAACAGCGACCCGUCGAGGAAGGCUCAUCCUUAUUCGAGAUAGGCCCUAUUGCAGUCGCUCAUACUUCGAAAUGGCUUCCCAAUCCUCAUUCGACGACAUGUCGACUCCUGUCGAGACACCCUCAACUCCUCAGCCUCAGGGUCUCGAGCUUCCCACCAAGUCCGAUAUUGCUCGCUCUGCUUCACCAACUACUUCUAUGCUGGUUGCUGACUCCUCCGCUGUCCAUUCUUCGAUGACCCCGCCUCCCUCCUCGCAACCCCCCCCAAACAUUCGUCGUCAGGUCUCCUCACUUCGAGAAUCGAUUACCCCUGAGCCAACUGCUCUGUCCUCACCUCCACCAACCGUCGUCAAUGGUACAAAGAAGGAGGCAUCUAACGGCACAACGUUGACUCGACCAACCCAGGAGCAGAUCCUCAACUCUUCGCCUGCGGAGCUUCAAGACAUGCUCAUGGCUGUCCUGGCAGAGAACUCGCAACUUGCUCUGAAACUGGGGGAGGCGCGCAUGUCUGCGGCCCACUACAAGCUUCAGCACAACUUGUUGACCAUUGAGAGCGGGGAUGCGCUCAAGCGUAUGGAGGUCGAGCAGGAGAUGACCCGUCGUGAAAUCGAAGUGCUUCAGGAGAACAGACGUGAUUCUGCCAGUACCGAGUACAUCAAGAAGAUCAAGGAGUAUUGCAAGAACCUCGAGGAUGAGAAUGUUGCUCUUCAUCGUCGUGUCGAGAAGGCCAAGCGACUCAUCGAGGAUAAGGAGGACCAGCUGAUGGACGCCCAAGAGGAGAUUCAUCGCUUGCAAGAUCGCAUCCGCACAAAUCGCGAGCACUUCAAUAUUCUCCGUAGCCCCGGAGGCCCUCUGCAUAUCUCAACUCCGAAGACCGGUCCGAGUACCCCUCAACAGUACAGAACCACUCCCAAGCACACUCCCGCCACGAAUCGCUCCUCAGUUCGCUAUGUCCGUGAACGCACCCAAGAUAACCAGGAGAAGUUCAACGCCCUCAUCCUUGCAGGUUCUGUCCUCAGCCAGGAGAAUAACAGUGCCCCGUCUACUCCUGUUCUCGGCCGCCGUCCUGAACCAAGAACCCCCAGCAGACACAAUCGAGGAGUCCAAUCUCUCUCUUCACUCCCAACCACUCCCGGCUCUGGUCGUUCCCAAAUCCCCGCUUCUAGCCUACUUCCCUCUGCCCAGUUCUCUCCUGAGUCUGAGGCUCGUGUCGCCAACACGCUCAACCACGCCGUCAGUCAUCAAUCCCAUUACCGCCGUCGCAAGUCUCGUGAUAGUACCAUCUCCGCGUCUGACAACGACGACGAGAUCGUUCAAGUACACUCUUACCGUCAAGAGAGUGAGGAGAUCCAAGAGAGCCAAGCAAGCCAGAGUGCGACUGAGAUGCUUCGUGCUGAUCCUCGCGAGUCGUUCGAGGUUGCCGCAUCUCGCUCCGCUACUCCGACAGUGGUUGACAAGAACUUGCAACAAUCGAAGAUCUUCGGCGGUGUUACUAAGCGUAAGCUCGAGGAGGAUGUCUUGAGCCCAAUCACGAAGAAGAUCCGCACUGGUGAGGGAAUUGGCCUUGGUAUUGGCUUCGAGGCUGGCCGUGCUACUUCCUAAAUUGUCUGUACAUAGGACGAAUCCGGCUCUAUUCUUUUCUUGUACUUGUAAAGUAGAACGAAUCUGGAUGAACUGGGGUGGGAGCUAGUCGAUUCGAAAAAGAAUGCAAUGUGUCGUCCUGAUAUUUGCAGUUGGAUUUUCGUAAUUUGUUAAGUGAAGUAAAAACUGUCUAGUCGCUAACCUUGAUCAUCUCCUAGGCUCUCUUUAGGGAACAAA